ACAAUUGACUGGAGAGGCACCGUUGACUCGUUGAGCUGCCUCUUCUAAACCCUACCUAAAUCUUUGUGAACUCUCCAGGGUUAUCAUUUCACCCUCGACCCGAAUCCUGUCUCUGGCAGCCAUGGCUUCAACGCUGAUUGAAUCAGAGAAAUACGAUUGCUUUAUCGGAGAAAAUUAUCAAACUGCACUGAACAACUCAAUCCACGAGCUUUUGGAUUCCUCCCGCGAUCCCGAUUUCCCAAAGAAUCAAUCUUUGUGCUCAAACUUUCAAGAAUUGCUGCGACGUAAACCCAACCCACCUCUAGAAACGGUCUGGUUCUCUUCUGCUUUAGACUUCCAGAGCUCUUGUUCGGCGAAAAGCGACCGGCCUUCGAGGCAGUUUGCAUCCAUAAAAGAUUUGUUUCAGCUCAUUGUUGCUCGUUCAGCUUCAUUCAAUUCAUGGAAAAGCGUUGUGUUGAUUGCGCCUGUUGUGUAUGAGUUUUAUCGGUUUAUAAUUUGUUUUGAAUGUCUUGAGAUGAGUUCUAAGAAGAAGAAAGCCCUCCUAGAAAAGGUUAAGGAUUUUGCUGGUUCACUUCUUGGAUACAUUAAUAUAUGUUCUGAUGGGCUGUGUGGUAACUUCGAUGCUAUGGAAGGCCUAAUUAGGCCAGUAGGGGAUUUAGUUGAUGGUUGGAUUGGAGAUAGUAAAAAUGCUUCUCUAAGAGAGUUUUUUCCACUCCUGAGCGAUUAUUCUGUUGAAAAGAUUAGUGCCGGAGAGUUACAAUUGAGUGAGCUGGCUGGUCUGGUUACUGCAGAAGCGUUUUUGUUGAAACUGUGCUGUUACUUUCUUGAAUGUAGUUCAAGAAAGGAUUUGAAAAGUGAGUUGAGCUCAUGGAUUGCAUGUUCAAUAAGUGCUCUUCGGAACCCCUUCUUUCAUGGGGCCCUCCUACUAAUGCUGCUUGAGCCAUCUUUACCGACAUCCUCUCUACUGAGCCUUGAGGAUGAGGUGUUGCUUAGGGAACUUCUGUAUGAUGCUGUGGUUUUAGUGGAUUAUUCUUUCCUUAAUCCUGAACAAGUGACAAAGCUUCCAUUAGCGUAUGUUAGAAGUAUUACCAUGACAAGGUUGCUGGUCACUUGUGAAGCUAUAAAGGUGUAUAGGAAACAAGGGAACCAUAAGAAGGCAUUGUCUUAUUGUAGGGCCUUUUCUGCUUCUAGUUUACCUUCACAACUAAUUAAACUGGUGAAAGAUGAGAUAGGCAAAGAUGGGAACACUAGCGAACCUGGCGGUUCAUCUCCGGCUGCAUUGUUAAGAUGGAUCCUUAAUGUAGAAAAGGGCGGGGCAAAGCUUUUUGACAAAACGAUCUCACAAAUAUGUGCGAAACUAGUGAUAGACGAUGAUGCUAAUGAAGACCCCAAACAUAUGACUGUUCUUAAGAGUGGCAGUGAUCAACCAGAGGAAGAUGCAGAUCUUUUUUACGUUGAUACAAAGGGAGAAGAAAACGAGAUUGGGAAUGAGGAGGAGGAGGAGGAGGAGGAGGUGAAGGAGUCCAUUAGUGCUGCCUUUGUUGCUGCAGCUCAAUUGAUGACCGGUUCAGAUAAAAAGCGGAAAACGCAGGGGAGAGGUAGUGACUUGGAAAGGAAGAAAGUGAAAUUCCUAAGAAAGCUUAACUUGUGUGAUGGAUCUGCGGUUAAACCCACAAUCCCAGACAAAGACGAUUCAGAUUCAGAGAGUGGCAGUAAUGUUGAGAACCCCUCCUCUGAUGACGAUAAUUGAGAGGUGCUGAUCUCAUUUAAUUUUGUUUAUCUGUUUAGCUGCACAAUGUUAAUCUUGUUACGUAGUAAUUUAUUUUGUAAACUAGAACUAAUUGAUGGGGAUGAUGUUAAAGAUGUAUUUGUUCUUGUUAAAUCAAAGAUUUCCUGAAAUUCAAAUGAUUUAGCGACCAAUCUUGUAUCUAUAACAUAGACUUUCGCUUCCACUCU